AACGCGUUGACGGGUUUUGACCCUUAUCAUUUUAUUUAAACAAUUUAAUUGGAACUUUUUUACCGAAGACAACAAAUCUUACAUUUCUUCAAUUUCAAAAUAUUACCAAUCAUUUAUUACAUACCACAUCAACUUGAAAAUAUUCACAUUCCACAAAAGUAUAUUUUUAGUUUUACCAACUCAUCGAGUACAGUUUAUUUUUAAGCUCUUUGAUAGCCGCAAUACUCGCAGUUUGUCGAGUAAUAGGUUCCAUCAAAACGGCCCCCCAUAUUGGAAUUUGUUAUGUUUCUUACCGGAUGCGGAUUGCAGAAUUUGGACCAUAUAUUUUACGACUCUCGAUGAUAACGGAUUAUCAUCCACAGUAGUGUUCCUGGGUUGACAUGGUAUAAAACACCGUUGGACGGAAGAUAUGGUACCAGAACGCGUCCUACAGCGAGUGGAAAGGCUUCGAAAGUUUUUCGGAAAAUCAUUUAACUCAUUUAUCGUUACCGAGUGUCGUGAAGUUCCUUGGAAAAAUGAAGCAUUUCAUCGCGGUGGUAGUAUUAUGUCUCGGAGUGGCCAAGCUCUCGGAGGCCGGUCGUCCCGUUUCAACGGAAGUGGUCCAAAAGCUGAAGGAACUCGAGCCAGUCUACAAACAGCUGCAGGAUACAGUGAUCAACGAGGUAGCUGGGGCGAAGCUAGCUACAGCCACUAGUACCGAUGCAUUCUACAAAGCAGUCAUUGCCGACAAGGAGACGUCUCUGGCCACCUCGGUUCAGCUUGAGGACGACAUGAUUUACCAGCUGAAUGGACAAGGACCGUCGGCCGAUUCGUCCUGCUUACAAAUGAUCCGCAGUCUCGUAGACAACAACAUGAACGUUGCUGGCGUUGGCUACUCGAACUGCGUCAACAAGGUCGAGGCAGGAGUGAACGAGGAAUUGGACAAGGUCUACAAGCUGCUGCAGGUUGAUGAAUCAGAGCUCUUUGACAUCAGUCUGUUGGAUGUUUUCCAAGGCGAGAACAUCAUCUUGGAUCCAUCGAAGAUCGUCACCAAAUUGAACGACAAGAGAACCGAGAUUGACGGUAUUUCGUUGAACUUCGUCUCCACUAUUAACGCAGCCGUCAAUGCAUAUGCUUCCCGUCUUGGUGAUCUGCAAAACACGUACAAAACCUGUCUGCUCAGCAAUGAAUCCAUUCUGAAGGCUACUUUCGAGAGCGGCAAGAAUCAACUCGUUCAAAUUUGUCUGGGAUCUAUUGUCCAGUGAGGAAUACGAGCUGACCGUUCUGAGUGAAUAAAAAAAAAGUCCAGUAAGCAACUAAUUGCAUAAUGCUCCUUCGAUAAGAUAAUAAUAAAUAAAUUUGUUUAGUCUAUAAAUUCUUAUUUUUUACUUCAUUUGCUUUACAGAAGACAUGUCAAUAAAUUUUGUGAUAUAAACCUGUUACUUGAUGGUUCUAUUAUGCCUAACUCACAAAAAAUCCUAAAAAAAAUAAGUUCUUAGACCACAUCAACGCAUUUGGAUAGAACGGAAGAGUACAUCAAACCAACAAAAAUAUUGCGUAAAAACUAGUUCAAAGUAUGGUGCUAAUUCCUAGUGGGGAAAAAAAUAAUUGAAAAA